AUGUGGUGGCAGGCAUUGUUCAGGGCCAUGGAUCGUAGAGCUAUUAAGACUGGCGCAUUCGAGAUCGCUCUACCAUUCGAUAUUGCAGCUUGGGGAAAUUAUGCAAAGAGCCCUUUGAUCAAGGGUUUGGAAGAAGAAAAAAGUGAAAUCAUGAAUCUGGGGAGCACAGCGAACGACUCGACGAAGGGCCGGGAUUCCCUAAGAGCUUUACGCUCAUGUAUAGGCAGGCCUGCCAACAUGUAUUUAAUUGUUGAUAUGGCCAGCUAUGGAAGUCUGGCCCCUGCAACCGAACUUCCAACGCAUCUUUCCAAAAUGUCACCGGCCUUGCCGGCGUCCGGGGAAGCCACAGAUCGCGAGGAGAAGAAGCUCGGAGAUGUAAAGCUCGAAGCCAAUACAGAAACAUCUCCUCCGGCAUACACUUCGAUGUCUCAAAAUUCCUCUGUUGCGGCAUCGCUUCGAGAAAAGCAAGAUGCCACCCCUCUGAAAACACCACUCGUUGAUCCCGUCAAGUCCGCCGUACCCGCGAAAGCUGUAGAGCUUACUCCGGAACAACAAGAGAAAUACAAUGCCCUACUGGAGACUGCAAAGUCAUGGAAGGAGAUCCCAUCAACAAAAGGGAAGGGUGGCCCGGUCACUGAGGAUGAAAUGAUGUGGUUGACUCGGGAAUGCCUUCUACGAUAUCUGCGGGCUACAAAAUGGUCAACGGCGGAAGCUGCAAAGCGAUUAUUGGGUACGCUGACCUGGAGGAGGGAAUACGGAGUUGGAGAUCUCACUAGUGACUACAUCUCCCCGGAGAAUGAGACCGGAAAGCAGAUUGUGGUUGGCUAUGACAACGAAGCUCGGCCUUGCUUGUACUUGAAUCCUGGAAGACAGAAUACCGAGGCAGGUCCGAGACAGGUUCAGCACUUGGUAUUUAUGCUAGAACGAGUGAUAAGUCUUACGGGUCCGGGGCAAGAGACUUUGGCGCUGUUGAUCAAUUUCAAGUCUAGUAAGAGCAGGUCGAACACCGCUCCGGGGGUUAGUCAGGGUAAAGAGGUUCUGAAUAUCCUCCAGACUCAUUACCCAGAAAGGCUCGGGAGGGCUCUGAUCAUAAACAUUCCAUGGGUUGUCACGACCUUCUUCAAGCUCAUUACACCAUUUAUUGAUCCCCUUACACGCCAAAAGCUCAAGUUCAAUGAUGAUAUGAGACUGCAUGUUCCCCCGCAGCAGCUGUGGAAUGAGUUCCAUGGAGACCUGGAAUUUGACUACGAUCACCAGGUUUACUGGCCAAAUUUCGUGAACUUUUGCGAGGAGAAGCAUAGAGAGCAAAAAGCUCGCUGGGUGUUAGGAGGAAAGCACAUCGGAGAGAGCGAGAACUACAUCAAGGGCGGCACCAGUCCAAGCAUUGGAUCGGAAGCUGUUCCAAUAGUGGAUGAGGCUGUGCCGGCUGCUGUCCCAACGGCCACUGCAGAUGCCGCAGAGAAGGAGACGGUCCCAGCUUAG